CCGGAACCCUUUGAUGGGCAAUGGUGAGCAUCGCCUUUUUGAUGAGGUGUCGUUUAUCUCCUCUGCUAACCUCUCACCAAAGCCCGAGCUCUCUCACGAGGUGUUACUCCCGCCCUUCUCGGUCGCCACGUCAGUCGUAAUGUCAAAGUCCCUGCCAUUGCUCUGUUGAUUCCUCGAUCGAUGAGUACCGACCAUCACCGACACGAUCCCAGUUCUUCUGGCCCGCCCCCGGGAUUCAAUGCCGAGCAGGCUAAGAAGCCGCUUCCCAAGGAUUCUACAGAUUCUGUUGUUGCUAAGAAGGAGGACAAGAAGCUUGACCCGAACCCCAAGGACGCUGCUGUACUGAAGUCCGCCGAUGCCUCUGCCGCAGCCAAGGCUGAUACAGAAGUCGUGGCCACCAAGGAGGGUGUGAUGGAGAAGGGCGAUGCUGCUCAAAAGGCCAAGGAGGAGAAGAAACUUACUCUUUGGGAAAAGGUCAAGAAGGAGGCUCACCACUACUGGGAUGGAUCUAAGCUGCUCGCCGCUGAGGUCAAGAUCAGCUGGCGAUUGGCCCUCAAGAUGGCUGCCGGAUACGAGCUCACUCGACGUGAGAACAAGCAACUUCAGCGAACAGUCCAGGAUCUUGGUCGUUUAGUGCCCUUCUCCGUCUUCAUUAUCGUUCCUCUGGGUGAGGCACUUCUGCCUCUUGCCCUCAAGCUCUUCCCCAACAUGCUCCCCAGCACAUUCGAGGGACAAAAGUCAAAGGAGGCCAAGGCCACACUUCUCCGAUCCACACGCAAGGAAGUCAGUCAAUUCUUAAGACAAACACUCGGCGAGUCUGGCUUGCCAGUGAGUCAAGCAACAACACAAAAAGAAGAGUUCUCCAACUUCUUCCGCAAAGUUCGCGCCACUGGCGAGACACCAACAGCCGAGGAUGUUAUCAAGGUCUGCAAGGUCUUCCGCGACGAUUUGACCCUCGAUAACUUGUCACGACCUCAGCUCGUUUCCAUGUGCAAGUACAUGAACCUUAACACAUUCGGUACCGACAUGAUGCUCCGAUAUCAGAUUCGCCACCGCAUGCGACAGAUCAAGCGCGACGACAAGGCCAUUAGCUACGAGGGCGUUGACAGUCUGACCGUUGCCGAGCUUCAGGCUGCUUGUGCUGCUCGUGGUAUCCGAACACACAGUGUCUCUCCCGCUCGCAUGCGAGCAGACCUUCAGACUUGGCUCGAUCUCCGACUCAAGGAGGGUGUUCCCUCAACACUUCUCGUUCUGAGCAACGCCUAUAUGUACGGCCAAGGCUCAGGUGAGGGUUACAACCAGAUUGACGCUCUCAUCGGUGUCAUGUCUGCCAUUCCCGAGGAGCUGUAUCACGAGAUCGAGCUUGAGGUCCACAGCGCUGAGGGUGCUGCCACCAACAAGCAGCGACUCGAGGUCAUCAAGGAGCAGCAGGAUCUCAUCGAGGACGAGGCGGAGCAGGACCAGGCUAGUCAAAGCUCCGGUUUCGCCACUCCCCGAGACACAGAUGAUAUCGAUGAGAAGGAGGAGAGAAUGGCUCAAGCUCAAGCCGAGGGUCUCGGCAAAAAGCAAGUUAGCGAGAUGGUUGAGGCCGAGAUGGAGUUGGCCAAGGCUGCUGAGUCUGCUGCAUCACUAGAGAAGGAGAUCCAUGCGAGCUCUGGAGCGUCUAAGGAGCAGAAAUAGACGAGAGGAGGUGAAGUGAGCUUGAGGCUCAAUGUACCAUGACUUGGUGUGUGUUUUCAUAUGUAUGACUGUAUGGAUUGGUAUGGCAUCAAGGCGGGAUGGGAAUUAGGCGCUGUGCUGCUGUAUCAAAACUGGCCCCCGACAUUUGAGAGGACCGAAGAUUAAGUAUUACUUGUUUGGGAUAGACCACUCUCGACGGGAAGCAAUAGAUUCCACUGAAUGAUUUUAUUUGUAUAUAUAAUUGAUUUGCCAGAAACACUUGCAAUUGUGAGUUAUUUCCGGGUUAUCUUCUAUUGAUGCCUAUGAGACCCUUGGGCUUGGCUGAGCUGCGUCAUCGUCUUUGCUAAUGUAGAUCCUGAUAGAGGGAUACUUUGGAAGUGAUGAUGAGGGAUCACUAUGGCCACCGGAUAUGAGAUAGCGUACCUGUAAAUGACUGAGCAAAUGAAAGAAACUAAUUGGAAGAGUACGACCAAGUCUUUAUAAUCUCAGAC